AGAGGCCAACCUAUACUUGAGGUGUUUUUUGUUAUCUUGCGAUGCCGCUGGCUCUGUGUCGCCCAGGACUGCUGCUCAGCCUCAUCACUGCCUGCUCCUGUCUGGACCCACACUGUGUCCUCGGCAUAGUGGGCCGGCCGGUGUCCCUGCCAUGCCUCUACCCCAACAUAUCCACCUCUGUGAAUGUGUCCAUCGAGUGGAGGAGAGGGGACGAGGUGGUGCUCCGAUCGGACUGGGGACAGGACGGACAGUGGGACAGACGGAGCACUGACAGCGCUGCCAUCUCUGCUGACGCUGUCCUGACCGGAAACCUGUCCCUGCUGCUGCCAUCAGUGGAUCCCAGAGAGGACAACACCUACUUUAGUCUGUUCAUCAUCUCAGAGGGGAAUCAAAGUGUAGCCGUGUGCACUGUGUGUCUCUCAACAGCAGCCAGCUUCAGUCCCCCAGUGCUGGAGAGGGAGGAGGCAGAGCAGGGAGAGGAGAUAGCCUUCUGGUGUCACUCCACUGGGGGUUUCCCUGAACCUGUCGUCUACUGGCUCAUCAACGACACAGAGAAGCCCCCCGAAGGGUCGGUGAGGACCCUGACCACAGCACUCCCUGACUCCAACCUCUACAACGUCACCAGCCACCUGAAAGUCAACAUUUCCAAGGACUCCAGCGUGUCGUGCAUGAUAGAGAACCAGUCCAUGAACCAGAACUUGACCUCCAUCAGCUAUGGCGUGAAGAGGGCCACGCUGAACAAGCGAGCGUCAGAGGCCAUGUGGAUCUUCAGCACCGGUCUCUGUGUGGUGGUGGGGAUCAUGGUGGCAGUGGGAGUGGUCUAUCAGAUCCACCUGGACAGGAUAAGCAAGCGGAAGAAGAAGGAGUUCCGUAAACAUCAGCUGAGCAGAGUUUAUGACAGACAUCAGAACGGGGAGGAGACAGAGGUCAUGAAGCCAGGGUCCAUAGAGACUGAUGUUUAAAAUCCUCCUAAAGUGUCCCAGCUGGAGGGAAACAGAGCACUGAAUUGUACACGUUUGUUGUUUGCCUGUGUGUGUAUGUGUGUAUUUGUUAACUACUUAGGACCUUUUCCAGCAUUAACACUUGUCAGGACCAGUAGACCUCAUGUCCUUAGCUUUUCGUUAAAGUUAGGGGAUGAGAUGUGAAAGCCGAAGCAAA